AUGGCGAACGAGUGUGAGAAGAAUGUUUACCUUUCCAAGCUGGCCGAGCAGGCUGAGCGUUAUGACGAGAUGGCCUCGUACAUGAAGGCCGUGGCUGAGGAGAAAGGGGAGCUUAGUGUUGAGGAACGCAACUUGUUGUCGGUUGCCUACAAGAAUGCUGUUGGCUCUCGACGUGCCUCCUGGAGGAUUGUCUCAUCUGUCGAGCAGAAGGAGACCUCUAAGGGUAACACGACCAAUGCUGAGAUCGCUAAGGGCUACAGAGAGAAGAUUGAGGCUGAGCUCCAGACAAUCUGCGAUGCAAUUCUUGAUCUUCUUGACAAGUCUCUCAUUCCUCAUUCCCAGACCGGCGAGUCCAAGGUCUUCUACUACAAGAUGAAGGGUGAUUACUAUCGCUACAUCGCUGAAUUCAGCACUGGUGAGAAGAGAGAUAAGGCCGCCAAUAACGCCGACCAGGCCUACAAGGAUGCGACCAACAUCGCUCAGUCUGAGUUGCAAGUUACCCACCCUAUCCGUCUGGGCCUUGCUCUCAACUACUCUGUAUUUUACUAUGAGGUCUUAAACCAGCCCGAAGAGGCUUGCAAGAUGGCUCGCAAGGCAUUCGAGGACGCCAUCGCUGAGCUCGAUAAUGUUAGCGAGGAUAGCUACAAGGAUUCUACCCUCAUCAUGCAGCUGCUCAGAGACAAUCUGACUCUUUGGACAUCCGAUCAAGAUGGUGCUGCUGAGGGUGGUGCCCAGUAAUUCCUCUUAUAGAGGCGCUCUCUCUUUACUGGUGGGAGGGUUGUGAAUCUCGCAUGUUCCUCGUGAUCAGGCGAGUUCUAGUGUACACUUCAAGCUCCUUUUUCUAUCACCACCUUGGAUGGGUGUUUCUAGCACUACCAUUACUACAGUUGAUAAUUGAUGAAUGAGCUAGAGUGGUGCUAUCAUAUACAGAUUAUCCGGUACUCAUAAUCGCAAUACAACUUUCUGUGUCGCUGCUCUCAUUCGCCAGGUGAGUGUAAUCCUCGUUGUGUAUGGGGUAUUCGCUCUUGAAUGAUAGUAGUAGCUGCUGUACCGAUUACAUCAUAUGAGAAAUGCUUUAACAAAGCAGA